AUGUCGGGGCCGAACGGGGAGCCGCACAUGGCGGUGGGCGCCGCCGGGCGGGACGGCGACGACAGCGACGGUGACGACAGCUUCGGGGAGGAAGAAUACGCAGCAAUAAACUCCAUGCUAGACCAGAUCAACUCUUGCUUGGAUCACCUGGAGGAGAAGAACGAUUAUCUGCACGCCUGCUUGAAGGAGCUGCUGGAGUCCAACCGCCAGACCCGCCUGGAGUUCCAGCAGCAGAGCGAGCAGCAGAACACGGGGGACGAGGUGCAGGGCUCAGAGCCGUCUAUCUAGCAGCCUAGCCACCCACUUGUCACUUGGGAUCACUCGGGGGACAGUUAGUGGUUGCUGGUCUAAUGUAAAGCUUGACUAGAAGAGUAUCUCCUGCCUGUUGCGUGUCCCUUCCUGGGGUUACGUUCUGCCCUUCACCUCUCUGUUCUGCAAGAUUCACGUUAGUUGUGGUGUAAGAAGCAUUGGCAGACAUCUCAGACCAGGCUCUUCUAUCCCCUUCCAAGCAGCUGAGACAAGGCACCAGUGUGAGGGGUUUUGGUUGUCCUCAGGGGCAGUUACCUACCUCCUUAAGCUCCAUUAAGGUCUCAGAGUGGUUGGGUCUCCAUAUAUGAUAGUUGGAGUAAGAAGGGGCCUGCCUGCCCCAGGCUGGGACCAGCCCUGUGCAUUGGGAGCUCUAUAGUCUGAAACCUUCUGAAUUUGUCAAGAGGGCCUAGGGCCAACGUGGUAAAGUGAGUCUUAUUACAUU